UUCCGCCAUUUUGAAGAACAUUUCUUCUUCCUCGAAGAGGGCAGGGAUAGUUCGUCGAUCUCGAAUUUAACAUACAUCAAAUCAUUAUAUUCGGAACUUUAUAGGAAAAAAAGAACAUAGCUGUACAUUAAUUUUUAGGUAGUGUCCGCUUACAACUAUUUUCCCCACGCUUUUUUCCUAAUUGUAGUUAGAUUGUCAUUCGGAAGAAACGCUAUGCCGAGUCACCCGCUGCGCGUGGCGGUGGUGUGCUCGAGCAACCAGAACCGCAGUAUGGAGGCGCACAAUAUUCUCAGCAAACGUGGUUUCGAGGUGCGGUCAUUCGGGACCGGGACCCACGUGAAGCUACCAGGCCCAGCACCAGACAAGCCCAAUGUGUACGACUUCAAAACUACUUAUGAGCAGAUGUACAACGAUUUAGUGCGCAAAGACAAGGAACUAUACACGCAGAACGGCAUCCUGCACAUGCUGGACCGCAACAAGCGCAUUAAGGUGCGGCCCGAGCGCUUCCAGAGCUGCAAGGACCAGUUCGACCUGGUGAUCACCUGUGAGGAGCGCGUCUACGACCAGGUGCUGGAGGACCUGAGCUCCCGGGAACAGGAGACCUUCCAGCCAGUGCACGUCAUCAACGUGGACAUUCAGGACAACCACGAGGAGGCCACGCUGGGCGCCUUCCUCAUCUGCGAGCUUUGCCAAUGCAUUCAGCACACCGAGGACAUGGAGAACGAGAUGGACGAGCUGCUGCAGGAGUUUGAGGAGAAGAGCAGCCGGCCCUUCCUGCACACGGUCUGCUUCUACUGAGGCGCGCAGCGGCCCCCCUCCGCGGCAGGCCCACGCCCACGCGCGGCACGCAGCCCGCACCCGCCGCCUCACACGCACCCCCACCCCCCCCCCCCCAAACCUGCAGAAGCGCCCCUAGCGUCCCGUCGCCUGGCAACCCGGCUUAAAAAGCGCCUGAGCACGGAGAGGUGUGGGGAAACGCUGGGCCUGGCCGUGUGCUCCCUGCAGGGCUGUACAGAGUCCGGCCACAUCGCUACGCGGGUUACCCACUCACUCACAGUGAAGCCCCUCAUAUAAAUACACACGCACACACACACACUCAUACACACGGUGAAGCCCCUGUUAUAUAUACACAUGCACACACACACACUCAUACACACGGUGAAGCCCCUGUUAUAUAUACACACACACACACACUCAUACACAUGGUGAAGUCCCUCUUAUAUAUACACGCACACUCUCUCUCACACAGUGAAGUCCCUCUUAUAUAAUACACACACAGUCAAAGACACACACUCUCUCUCAUACACACACACACACACACACACACACACGGUGAAGUCCCUCUUAUAUACACGCACACACACACACUCUCUCUCACACACACACACACACGCACACACACACGCUCUCUCUCUCUCUCAUGCGCACACACACACACAGUGUGUCCACCCUCCCACUCUAGCCGGCCAGGGUUGAGCAGACACAGAGGUGAUUGUGUUCUGUCCUUCUCCCUCUGGUUAGUCAGCAGGUCAUCCCUCUCUCUCUGUCUCCUUUCCUCAUGCUGAGAUGGCCCCAUCCAACUAUUAAAACCACUGACCCAUGCACCCUUCCCCUAAAGAAAACUUAUCUUCAUGACAAAAUCAGUGCCCCCCACUCUGGAGCUAAAGUGGGGGGGGUUGGGGGUGGGGGGGUUAGUGAUCCCUUGCACAGCUUUCGUGGCAGAGCAACUUGGGUUCCCUUUCACCUUGAAAUAAUAGAUUUGAUGACGGUUAAUGCUCUGUUUGAUUUGUUUACAUAAUUAUUCUUUAUUUGGAAAAAAAAUCUUUUUUUUUUUUUUGGAGUAGGACAGUAGAGGUGGUGAGGAGUGUGUGCAUGUUUGCAUCUGCGGAAGUGACUUGAGUGGGGGAAGUGUGUGUGUGUGUGUUGAAAUUAACUAAUAAUGAACAACCUUAAAAACCUCAAGGUUAUAAUCUCACCUUUAUGAUUGCUAUCAUUUUGAAUUCUUGCAAUUUACUGCUCUUUUCAGGAGAUGAGUGUUUUUUUGGGGUUUUCUUUGUUUUGUAAAUUUAAAAUUGUAGAGAAAUUAUUGCAAGCAGUGAGGUAAAGUCCAGAGUGCCUGUUCUUCUGUCUGUAAAUAAUAUAAAUAUUAAAUAGGAAUAAAAAAAAUCUCUUGGAACAAA